AUGUCAGAGGGUAGUACGAAGCCGCAGGUGCCUGUUGUGGCAGAGGCACACGAGGUGGAUACUUUUCACGUCCCCAAGGCGUUUUACGACAAGCACCCUCACUCGAAACCGCAUCUUGCCAACCUCGAAGAGUACCAGACGCUGUACAAGCAGUCCAUCACCGAUCCAAAGGCCUUCUGGGGCAAACUAGCCCGCGAACUGCUCACCUGGGAACGCGAUUUCCAGACUGUGCAUGCUGGCAGCUUCGAGAAUGGAGACAAUGCUUGGUUCUUGGAGGGCAGGCUGAAUGCCAGCUACAAUUGCGUCGAUCGUCACGCGUUCAAGGACCCAAACAAGCCUGCUAUCCUGUACGAGGCUGAUGAUGAGGCCGACAGUCGCGUCAUCACCUAUGGCGAGCUUCUCCGCCAGGUGUCCAAGCUGGCUUACACGCUCAAGGAGAUGGGCGUGAGAAAGGGCGAUGUUGUCGCCAUCUACCUGCCCAUGAUCCCCGAGGCUGUCGUUUCAUUCUUGGCCUGCUCUCGGAUUGGUGCUAUUCACUCUGUAGUUUUUGCUGGCUUCUCGUCUGAUUCGCUACGUGACCGCAUCAUCGAUGCCGAGUGCAAGGUGGUCAUCACCACCGACGAGGGCAAGCGUGGCGGCAAGGUUAUCAGUACCAAGAAGAUUGUCGACGAGGCUCUGAAGCAAUGUCCCGGCAUCAGCCACUGCUUGGUCUACAAGCGCACUGGGGCCGACAUCCCAUGGACAAAGGGCCGCGAUUGGUGGUGGCACGAGGAGGUGGAGAAAUACCCCAACUACAUUGCGCCCGAGCCAAUGAACUCGGAAGAUCCUCUCUUCUUGCUCUACACCUCUGGCUCGACGGGAAAGCCCAAGGGUGUCAUGCACACGACUGGAGGCUACCUCAUCGGAGCCGCAGCGACGGGAAAAUACGUUUUUGACAUUCACGACAACGAUACCUUCUUCUGCGGAGGUGAUGUCGGCUGGAUCACUGGCCACACAUACGUCGUAUAUGCCCCUCUCCUGCUCGGUGUAGGUACCGUCGUCUUCGAGGGCACACCAGCCUACCCCAACUUCUCGCGCUACUGGGACAUUGUCGACAAGUACAAUGUCAGCCAGUUCUACGUUGCCCCCACGGCGCUGCGACUGCUCAAGCGUGCCGGUGACGAGCACAUCAAGCACAAGAUGAGCAAUCUGAGGAUUCUCGGAUCGGUGGGCGAGCCCAUCGCCGCUGAAGUGUGGAAGUGGUACUUUGAAAUUGUGGGAAAAAGUGAAGCACACGUGGUAGAUACUUACUGGCAAACAGAGACUGGUUCUCAUGUCAUUACCCCACUCGGCGGUGUUACGCCCACAAAGCCCGGAUCUGCAUCUCUCCCAUUCUUUGGUAUCGAGCCUGCGAUUAUCGACCCAGUCUCGGGUGAGGAGAUUCACGGUAACGACGUGGAAGGGGUGUUGGCGUUUAAACAGCCAUGGCCAAGCAUGGCCCGCACAGUCUGGGGAGCACACCAGCGAUACAUGGACACGUACCUGAACGUGUACAAGGGAUAUUAUGAGCAGUUCACUGGAGACGGAGCUGGGCGUGACCACGAAGGCUACUACUGGAUCCGCGGACGUGUCGACGAUGUGGUGAAUGUGUCUGGACACCGACUGUCGACUGCUGAGAUUGAAGCAGCGCUGAUUGAGCACCAUCAAGUGGCGGAGGCGGCAGUGGUGGGCAUUGCCGACGAGUUGACGGGCCAAGCGGUCAACGCAUUCGUAGCGUUGAAGGAGGGGACGGAGUCGACUGAGCAGGUGAAGAAGGACUUGAUCUUGCAGGUGCGCAAGUCGAUAGGACCUUUUGCUGCGCCCAAGGCGAUUUUUGUGGUUCCCGACCUGCCCAAGACGCGGUCGGGCAAGAUUAUGCGGCGGAUCAUGCGCAAGAUCUUGGCUGGAGAGGAGGACCAGUUGGGCGACAUUACGACGCUUUCGGAUCCGUCGGUGGUGGACAAGAUCAUCGAAAUUGUGCACCAAUCCAAGAAGAGAUAG